AUGUCUAAAAAAAGAAGGUUUGAAGUGGAGGCAUCAACAGCCAAGCGGGUACAUAGCAAACCCGAUAAAUUAUGGCGAAUCGUGCUGGAUUAUCCAGAUAUUUUUGAUAACUUCAUCUUGCCGAAGCUGAGUUGUAACGAUGUUAAGUUUUUCUACGACUGCAAUAGUGAAAGCCGAAUGGCUAUAAAACGUUCGAGUGAGCGCUUGUGUACUUCCUUCAAGACUCGAGAUUUUUUCACGAAGUCGACCUUAUCUUGGGCUCUUGAGAAUUGUUCUGAAAACAAGAAACGCUUUUGUGAACAAAUGGCUUUCAAUGGAUAG